UGCGAAAACACCGAGGAAUCCCACUCCCCUCUUCUCUCUCUCCCUCUCUUCCUCCUUCCCUACCCUCGAGACGCCCGUCUCGUCGCUUUGCUCCCCACGAAAGAAUUCUAAAUUCUUGCUUAACAAAACGAGAAAGCGGAUCCUAUCCUUCGUGGGAUCCGCAUCGGUUCUUGCCCUCGCCGCGCCGAAUCCGGCAGCUUUUCUUUCCUCCCCUGAAUCCCUCCGCCCUGCCGUCCGCCGUCCACUGAGCCGCCGGUUGUUGGGAUCUUGCGUCGGGGGGCGAUCCGGCCGGGGGAGAUGGCCAGCGGGAAGGAGCCGAUCGAGGUGAAGUUCCGCCUCUUCGACGGCACGGACAUCGGGCCCAACAAGUACGACCCCGCCACCACCGUCACCGCGCUCAAGGAGUUCGUCCUCGCUCGGUGGCCGCAGGACAAAGACAUUAUUCCAAAAACUCUCAAUGACGUGAAGCUCAUCAAUGCUGGAAGGAUACUUGAGAAUAACAAAACUCUUGCCGAGUCUCGAGUCCCAGUAGGAGAAGUUCCAGGAGGUGUGAUCACGAUGCAUGUUGUUGUACGCCCUCCCCAAAGUGACAAAAGUGAUAAACACCUCUCGAAUUCUCCCAAGCAGAACAGAUGUGGGUGCACGAUAUUGUGACGCUUUCGAUUCAGCCCGCGUUGUGUAUUUCUGUAUAUUGGUGCCAUCCAUGCUCACAACGAUUGCAAGUUCACCCUAACACUUGAUUCUUGCAAGCCAUUCUUGAAUGAAAUGCCUAGAGACGGUAACUUAACACCCAUAUAUAUUUCAUCUCUGCUCGACAGUAAAGUUUGGUUACAGCGGGGGGGCCUUCCAUACAUCAUAUGUAAGCUGUAACGGGUAUGCAGGAAGUCAAGAGCUGGGAUGCUUGCUGUUGUUUUAAGAUGUAGACAUUGUGUAGUGACGUCGGAAAUGAGGUUCCACUUCUUUUUUUUUUGCUUCUACAUAUAUAUACUCGUCGUAUAGUAUUUGUCGAGAUUUUUUCCCCCAAGUUGCCACUACAUAUUAUAUCUAUAUAUAUGUAAUAGGGAAGUGAUUUCUGUCCAGAAGUGUAAAGGGAAUAUGUUUGGACUGACGGAAGGCAGUUUGUAUGUGUGUUUUGGUU